AUGGAGCCGAAAAUAGAUAUAAUGGACCCGCUACAGUUCUUGGAGAAAAUAUUGGCAUGGAUGGGAGUGGUAAAGAUCGUGGAGGAUCGAAGGCCUGGGUACUACAUGCCGAUGGUGGUCGUGCAGCACAUGGCUAACCUCUACGGCUGGUUUGCCAUUAUAGCCUAUCUCAUGGGCGACAAUCCUUUCUUGAGCAAGAUGGACAGCAUGCAAUAUUUAAUAUCGAUGACGCACAUGGUAACCAAAUACUACAAUCUACACUACAAUAGUGCACCUUACAGGCGCCUCAUCGCUGACGCCAGGCAUCUUUGGGAGGAGGCCAAGAGAAGACCACGUAUGAAGAAUCUUUUGGCUAAACUAAGCCAAAAUGCAAAUAAAGAAAUAAAGAUGUAUUUCUUUAUCUUCGCUAUGGUAAGCCCAGCCUCAUGCUUAAUCACAUUAAUAGUAAACAUGAUGCAGGAGCCCGAGGAUAGGGGGAAACCUUUCUUCGUUUGGGACCCCGUACCCGAGUCCUGGUACUGGACCAGUUGUUUCAUGGAAGGAAUCGGCAUGUUCAUACUUCUCUCAUUGCUGGGUGCCAUGGUGCUUGCGUGCUACGCGACCUGUCAACAAGCGGCCAUUCAAACUAGAAUAUUACAAGAAAUGUUAGAGGAAUCGCCAUUUGACCUAAGAGCAUGCGUUAUACUUCAUCAGAAAAUACUCAGGUACAUUGAGGACAUAAACAAUUAUUUUGCAGGAUACAUGUUCGUGGAGACAGUAUUUUCUUCACUCCAAAUUGCUGUUCGUGGUUAUUACACCCUUAAGCUCCUGAAAGAGGGUGACCCAAAGGUUAUUUCGUCAAUAUUUUUUCUUACACUCUGCCUACUUAGUCCAUUGAUUGUUUGUUUGAGUGGUCAUAUAAUAACAGAUAGUAGUGAAAAUUUAUUUAGAAGCGCUUAUAACAAUGCUUGGUACUCAGCAUCACCAAGAGAAAAAAGUAGCCUAGUUAUAGUACUGUGUCAAGCUUCCAAGAUAAAACGGUUGAAUUACAAAAAUCUUCUAGAUUUCAAUAUGGAAAGAUAUACUAUGGUUGUCCAGGGAACAUACACUUACAUCACGCUAUUACAGGGUGUAGAUUUGUAGUUACUACAAUAUUUAAUACCACUUUUUCAAAUAUCUAAUGGAGAUAUAGUCUACUAAAAUAAAGGAGCUCUCAAUAGUUUCAGUUAAUUACAUCUAUCCAGCAAAAAAAAUAAUAUAGAGAAUUAGAAAAAAUACUUCUAUUUAAAAGUGUAUUUUAUUGCAAUAAAAUCAAAAUGAAAAUGAUUUAUAAAAACAUAAUUUAAAAAAUUAAAACAUAAAAACUACUGAAGUUUUAACAGAGAUAAUGGAAGGAGAAGACACUCCUCCAUGUAGCAACUGAAUCUUUCAUUUCUGGUAGGAAGCUGAGUAAGGAAGUACUUUAUCUACCAUAUUUCACAUUACAUAUCUCAUCUCCGAUAUAGUCCUGGUGCAUGCUAAAGCCUUGAAUCAGUUAUAAUAACCAUGUACCUUGGUACAAACAAUGAUUGGACUUCGUACUUCUAACAAUGAGCAUGUUCUCCAUUAAAUUUGAUCUCUUUACCAACAACAUUGCUUUUAAAGUUUGCCAGUAGCAUCUAGAAGCCUACAAUGAAUGAUACAGGAGUUCAUUCACACUGUAUGUACAAUAAAUGAAUAGAAAUCAAAUGGAACAACAGCAAAAUGAUAAUACU